CGUCCUUUGGCAACGAUGCUCCCAGCGAAGACCCUCCGCCACGCCUCUCGCCUACUACACCCCACGGGCACGCGCAGCUUCGCCCUGGGCCAACAUAUUGAUGACUCCAAGUUCUCUGCCUUUUCGCUCAAGCUGUCGGACGACCAGCGCGAGUUCCAGCAGUUGGCCCGCAAGUUUGCCCGCGAGGAAAUGAUCCCUAAGGAAAAGCACUACGACCAGACUAUGGAGUACCCACAGGAGAUCUUCGAGAAGGCCUGGGAACUCGGGCUCGUCAACACGCACGUGCCUGAGAAGUUCGGCGGCCUGGGCCUCGGCUCGCUGGACGGUUGCAUCAUCGGCGAAGAACUGGCCUACGGCUGCACAGGUAUGGCGACGGCCAUGGAAGCGAACGGCCUAGCCACAGCCCCACUGCUGGUGGCCGGCUCGGACGAGCAGAACCGGAAGUAUCUGGGCCGUCUCGUGGAGGAGCCUGUGCAGGCCGCCUACUGUGUCACCGAGCCCGGUGCCGGCUCUGACGUGGCCGGUGCCAAGACGACGGCCGUUAAGAAAGGCGACAACUGGGUUAUUAAUGGGUCCAAGAUGUGGAUCACCAACGGUGGCGUGGCCAAGUGGUACUUUGUACUGGCCAAGACUGACCCGAAUGCAAACGCUGGCUCGGCCUUCACGGGCUUUAUCGUGGACGCCGACACGCCCGGUAUUACUGUCGGCCGUAAGGAAAUUAAUAUUGGCCAGCGUUGCUCGGACACGCGCGGCAUCUCCUUUGAAGAUGUCGCGGUGCCGGAAGAGAACGUGUUGGGCGACGUUGGCUAUGGCUUCAAGAUCGCCAUGCAGGCCUUCGAUAUCACACGUCCGCCCGUAGCCAUCGGCGCUGUUGGGUUGGCGCGUCGUGCUUUUGACGAGGCGCGCAAGUAUGCGCUGGAGCGUAAGACAAUGGGCGCACCAAUUGCCAUGCACCAGGCCAUCCAGUUCAUGUUGGCCGAUAUGGCCACGGGUAUUGAGGCUGGCCGACAGCUGACGUACAAGGCUGCGUACGAGAUUGACUGUGGUCGCAAGAACACCAUGUACGCGUCCAUGGCCAAGCGCUUCGCUGGCGACCACGCCAACCAGGUGACCACGGAUGCCAUUCAGAUCUUUGGUGGCGCUGGCUUCAACACGGAGUACCCUGUCGAGAAGCUGUUCCGUGACGCCAAGAUUUACCAGAUUUACGAGGGUACGUCCCAAAUUCAGCGCAUGAUCAUUGCCAAAGAGAUGUUUUCGCGCGAUAGCAUGGAUCCUUAGAUCUUUUAGCUUAAGCUGCAUUGGUGGAGGUGACCAAGAUGUAAUAAGUUGGCACUAAACAAUGCAGCGAGAUUUGCUAGUUGUGAA